AUGUCCCCAUAUUGGCUUGUUUAUGGAAAAACCUGCCACCUACCUCUGGAACUCGAGCAUCGCGCGUAUUGGGCCAUCAAAUAUCUCAACUUUGAUCUUCUCCCAGCGCAGGAAAAGCGCGCCAAAAGAUUGCACGAUCUAACUGAGUUCCGUUAUCUUGCUUAUGAAAGCGCAAAACUCUACAAGGAAAUGAUGAAAUUCUAUCAUGACAGGAAGUGGAAGAAGAAAGAAUUCACUGUGGGAUCCAAGGUUCUUUUAUACGACACUAGGCUCCACUUAUUCCCAGGAAAAUUGAAGUCACGGUGGACUGGGCCUUAUAUUGUCAGACAAGUGCUGCCAAAUGGAGCCACAAGGAUCAAUAAUAUGGAUAACCCUGGAGAAAGAGACUCCUUCCUGGUCAAUAGAGCGAGACUGAAACCCUAUAUCGAAGGACCUGUAUUGCAGCAAGCCAAUGCAGAUGUUAAUCUGGUGGAGGUUCAGAAUCUCGUUCGAUGA